AUGAGUUUCAGUGUCGGGGGGACGGCCGCGAGCUGUCUGGCAGCUCUCGGAGAGAUGGAACAGAUAAUUUGCCAGCUAGAGCGGGGCACGUUGAUCCAGAAGUUUUAUCCCCGCAAGCGACCGGAAAAGAAAACGCUUAUGCUACGACGAGAAACUCGCCAGAUCAUAUGGUCCUCGGUACAAACCAACGGACGGAGUAACUACGAAGGGUCGCUAGAAUUGCGUGAGGUGAAGGAAGUACGACCCGCAAAGAAAUCGAAAGAUUUCGAAAAAUGGCCCGAAGAGGCAAAAAAAUGCGAACCACGCAAGUGCUUCGUCAUUUUGCAUGGCAACGAUUUUAAACUGCGCACCAUUUCGAUCGUGGCGUUCUCGGAAAAGGAAGCGGACAUGUGGCUGAAAGGACUGAAGUAUCUGAUCUCAGACACCAUUACCUCACCGUACUGGUUGCAGAUUGAACGGUGGCUCAGACGGGAGUUUUACCUGAUGGAAGCCAACGGCACCGCUAGUCUGAAGGACAUUCGGUCCUUCCUGCCGAAAAUAAACUGCAAAAUUUCCACCGCCAAGCUGAACGAAGUCUUCCACGAAGUUGACACACGGCGACGGAACGAGCUCGGGUUCGACGACUUCACACGGUUGUACCAGCGGUUGAUCCUCCCCCCGAGCGCGCUGCCGGAAUACUUCGACGGGAUCCGCAUGGCCAACUACAGCCAAAACGGGCAAACCGUGACGCUGCAGGAGUUUCGAAGGUUCCUAACCAAAGAACAACAGGAGGACGACGGCAGUGAUUGCCAUAGCGAAGAGACGGUUGCAAAGUUCAUCAACGAUUACAUUCAAGACCCGGCACGUGAUGUGAGCGAACCCUAUCUGCGAUUACAUGAGUUCAUCGACUUUUUGUUCUCGCGCCAAAACGAAAUAUGGGACAAACGGUGCGACACGGUGUACCAGGACAUGACACGGCCUCUCGCCCACUACUGGGUAUCGUCGUCCCACAACACGUACCUUACAGGGGACCAAUUUUCCAGUGAAUCAUCGGUCGAAGCAUACGCCCGAGCACUACGCAUGGGAUGCCGUUGCAUCGAGCUAGACUGCUGGGACGGUCCGGACAAUAUGCCGCUAAUCUUCCACGGGCAUACGUUCACAACGAGGAUCAAAUUCAUGGACGUGAUUCGCACGAUAAAGGAGCACGCCUUCAUCACCUCCGAAUAUCCACUGAUACUUUCCAUCGAGCAGAACUGUUCGCUCACGCAGCAACGCCGUAUGGCACAGGCUAUGCAGGAGGUGUUCGGUGAAAUGCUGCUGACGCAACAGAUCGACAAAGCUGAAACGCAGCUGCCGUCACCGCAGCAGCUGAAGCGUAAGAUCAUUCUGAAGCACAAAAAGCUCCCCGAGAACGGUAUGCUGGUGGUGGACGAGACUGGCAAGGAGGCAUCCAUACUGCUGCGGGCUACGGACGAGAGCGAGCUGGACAUCAGGAAUACCGUCAAGAAUGGUAUCCUGUAUCUGGAGGAUCCGGUCGAUAAGGGCUGGAAUGCACACUUUUUCGUGCUGACGCAGCAUAAAUUAUUCUAUACGGACAGUCAACGACCCGAUCGUGACAAUGACGGUCGGGACGAUGAACGUGAGGAUAAUGGAUUUGCGAACCGGUCCCGCGGCGAUGGUACAAUACUGUCGAACGAUGAGCUUCAUUUUGGGGAGAAUUGGUUCCACGGUAAGCUGACCGGUGGGCGGGAAGAGGCGGAAAAGCUGCUGAAGCAAUUUUCGCACCUCGGAGACGGCACGUUUCUGGUGCGGGAAAGCGUCACAUUCGUCGGGGACUACUGCCUAUCGUUCUGGCGCCAAGGCAAACCGAACCACUGUCGCAUCAAGCUAAAACAGGACAAAGGCGUCACGAAGUACUAUCUGAUGGAAAACGUGCUAUUCGACAGCCUGUAUAGCUUGAUUAUGAACUAUCGCCAGGUUGCGCUACGAAGUGCAGAAUUUUAUAUCACGCUUAAGGAACCUGUCCCGCAACCGAACAAACACGAGACGAAAGAGUGGUACCAUAACACGACAACGCGCGAACAGUCCGAAAUCGUACUCAAUCAGGUCCCGCAGGAUGGGGCCUUUCUGGUGCGACCCAGUGACAAAGGACCAAAGGCGUUUGUUAUUUCGUUCCGCGCACACGGCAAGUUCAAGCACUGUCGCAUCCGGGUGGAAGGACGUUUGUACGAAAUGGGAGGCAUGGAGUUCGAGAGUCUGGUGGAUCUGGUCAAUUUCUACUCAAAGCAUCCCCUGUACCGGAAGGUGACGCUAACGUAUCCCAUUCCGCGUGAAAUGAUUAGACGCAUCAACACGAUGGACGUGCCGGAGGAAAGCGGCGCGUACGGGUACAUGGAUCCGGCAACAGUCACCAGCGAGAAUGUGACGGUUAAGGCGCUGUACGACUACAAAGCCCAGCGCGAUGACGAGCUGUCUUUCUGCAAGCACGCCAUCAUCAGCAACGUGGUGAAAAAGGGCAACGACUGGUGGCUGGGUGAUUACGGUGGCAAAAGGCAACACUACUUCCCGGCCAAUUACGUGCAAGAGCUAAGCGCAAUGGACGACGGAACGCUGGUAGAUGACGGAGCCAACGAACCACUAAUGUUGGGUAGUUUACAAAAAGGCUCGUUGGAUGUGCAUGGUGCCGUGGUGGAAAUGGCAUAUAGCAACCACCCGGAUAUCGAGCGGAUACUGCGCAUCCAGAACCCCACGAUGCAGAACGUGUUCGAGGUAGGCGUGCAGACAAAAGAGCUGGCCUACGAGUGGAUGUGCGCCAUCAAGGAAGCGGCACAAAACGCCAGCGCGAUGGAGAACGAACGGCGCAAGAUGGAGCGCAAUUCGCGCGUUGCAAAGGAAAUGUCCGAUCUCAUCAUCUACUGCCGGAGCGUACCGUUCAAGCAUCAUCCCGCUUCUUGGAUGUUCUACGAAAUGUCCAGCUUUCCGGAGACAAAAGCGGAGAAGUAUUUCCUGCAGCCGGAGACGCGCGUUCUAUUCGUUCGGUACCAUCGGAACCACUUGAGCCGGGUGUACCCCAAGGGACAGCGGCUCGACUCGUCGAACUACCAUCCGACGGCACUUUGGAACUGCGGAUCGCAGAUGAUCGCGCUCAACUUCCAAACGCCCGAUAAGCCGAUGCAACUGAAUCAGGCCAAAUUUCGUGACAACGGUGGCUGCGGGUACCUGCUAAAGCCAGAGUUUAUGUUCCGCGACGAGUUCGAUCCGACCGAUCCGAACACGUUGGUCGGCGUGGGUGAGGUGAUUGUAAACGUGCGCAUUAUCGGGGGUCGGAACUUGUGCAAAGUCAGCCGAAACAUUACGAGCCCACUGGUCGAGGUGGAGGUGCUGGGCGCGACGUUCGAUGGUGGCAUAAAGCACCGCACGCGUGCCAUAGCGGACAACGGAUUGAACCCGAUUUGGAACGAAAUCUGCGAGUUCCGGAUAGCGAAUCCGCAUUUUGCGAUGAUUCGCUUCGAGGUGCAGGACGAGGACAUGUUCGGGGAACCGAACUUCAUCGGGCAAGCCGUAUUCCCGCUCGGCGCCAUACGGACCGGUUACCGGAGCGUUCCGCUACGGAACAAGUACAGCGAGGAGCUGGAACUGGCCACGCUGCUGGUACACACCAGCAUUCGGCCAUUGCAAACGGAGUGAUCGAGAUGGCCUUACCAAGUGGUUUAGCUUUUUAGCGGGGAGGUCGAAGUGGUUGCUUCCUCUCCCUACCUAUAUCUUUCUAUUUCUUGUUUCCGGAAGUGUCUUAUACGUGUUUUAUUCGACGUAACAGUAUUUAACGAACUUGAAUUAGGACAUCGUUAGGAUGAUAUGUGUACAACACGCGCAACGCGCCACAAUCUAAUGUGCCUCGACUAUAUACAUGCAUGCAUAUAUACAAAACCAAGCGCAUAUAAAUAUACAUACAUAUAAAUAUAAAUAUACAAGCGAUUGCAAACGAUCAUGAAUUGUGCCGAGGGGGGUGGAAUAAACCACAGCAGGGUCAGCAAAACGGGUAGCACUUCGUUAACGCGAUGAUCGCGAGCAAACCAACCUCGUGGGGUCCGUGCAGGUGCACAAGGGUUACAGUACACGCGCAUGCGCAAACGGUGCCGGUAGUUUUCCAGUGAACUGGGUGAGGGAGUAUGUACUACACCACGGUGGUUGAAAACAUGAACUGAAAGCAAUAAACGGCGCACGGUUGGAUUCGUUAAAACAGUGCAAUAUAC